AUGAGUGACAAUGCUUCCAAUGUAGGCCAAUUGGAACAGUUCCAAGGCUAUUCACCCGGUACGAGUACUUCGCAUUCACGAAAUUUCAAUGACAUUAUUACCGACGAGAGUAUUACGGAUCAACCAGCAACUUUUGGGCCCACCAACAGCUUCACACAGGUCGGAAUCCCAAAUAACGGCAGCGAUUACAAAAACGGAACCGUCAACGGCCCAAAGCAAGUCAAUGAACCAAGAAAUUCAAGAGAAUUCAAGAAAAGCGUAUCAAUUGCACCUACAGAAAUCAUUAAUGAGCGGGUAAGUGCGAAAAACGAUUUUCAUAGAACAUUCUUUUUUUCAAUUUCCAUCUUAAAAACUAAACAUUUUCAUGGUAAAGUAGCUUCUAAUUCAACUCGAAGACUACUUUCGGUACCGAAUUUCAAUCCAAAUUGCAUUGGUAUUUCAAUAACAUUGGAGGAGUUUACCGCAACCGAGUGGCGAAAUAUCGAUAGGGGGCAGACCAGUUUUUGUCCCCCAACGAACAUCAAUACACUCAUCCAUCGGUCGAUUUUUACUGCUACCACUUAUAUUCUUACGUUUCCUGGUGGCUACUAA